UAUACCCACGUGGGGUUUACUUACAGAUACAUAACGGUUGUUUUGUAUUGGAAAGGUGCAUGAAUACCUGGACGUUUUAAACAGCCGGGGCCAGCAUUGUACCGUUAUUCGACUAGGAGACACGCUCACACACACCAGCAGGAUUGCAAUUUCUAACCAGAACUUGGAAAAACAAUUUUUAAUAACAUAUUCUUGGAAAAUGGAUUUGAGUUAUUAGCGUGCAGUCCAAGCAUUUAAAAGUUCCGAGAUGAAAUUCCAGUUUAUAGUUUGACACUCAGGAGAAAAAGAUCGACAGUGAUGGAAGGAAAGCAAUCUUUUCUCGGCAUCUCUUCACUUCCCCGGGAACUCAUGGAGCAACUGCAAAAAUUCAGACAAGUUUCUACCAGAAGUCGAGAAGAUUCGGAAGUUGAGCGAUGUUUUCCAGAAAUUCGAUCGCCAUUCAAAUCAACGGAUGGAAAUAUGUUCAAAUUUCCUCGUGACUAUAGAGAAAAUAUCGAAACGACUAUCAGAAACUACAUUCCCUCUCCUAAAAGUAAUAAAACUUCAUGUGCACUUUAUGGAGAAAAUUCGGACUGGAUGAUGGCGGAAAGGACGAAAUCUCGAACUCCGCCAGCAUCCCCAAUAACGCCAUCUAGUUCUAAUAGCGCCAUCAACUUUAGGUAUUCCCCUUCAGUGACGAAACAGCAGAGGGUUGAAAAUAAAGUGGCGGACCCAGGACCAAAUGUUGCGGGUGAUGACGAAAUUAUAUACUGUGUUCCGCGCUCUGUUGUCAAAUCUCAAAAAGACUGUUCCACAGUAGAACAGACGCCCACAAAACAAAGCUACGGAUCUGACGUCAUCUCACCCUUUCGGAGAUCCUCGCCCAGUCCCAGCCAUUCCGAAGAUAUGUUCCGCAGUCGUCUCUCAGAUACUGUCGAUAAUGGAACAUUUGAAGAAAGGCAGACAGAUCGCGCUAGAAAACAACUCAACUUUGAAACAUGCUCAAUGAGCAAGAAAUCAGGAACAAUGGAAGACCUGUAUUAUUCAUCGGAAAGGUCCCGAAGUCCUUGCAAACAACGAAGGGAAAUAAAUGAGGAUGAACACGAAGAUCAUUCCACAUCUAGGCUCGUCCUGCAGCUUCUCUCUCAGAUCAAAGGUCAAGGACGCAAACGGAAGGCCUCUGACUGCUGCAGUUGUGAAUGUGACACGGAAUGCGACAGGGAAAGUUUCAAAAGACAAAGAAAUGGUAAGUCCUAUUUGUUUACGGUAAAAGAGAAUUUUAAUUCAGCGAUCUUUGAAUAUUGGAAUAAAAAUCAAUCUCCUUAUUUCCUUCCAGAAUUUUUUCCCAAUCAGUUCCGAUCUGAGAAUGAGUUAAACUGGAGAAGGGUUACAGAACAACCGGAAGUACUCCCGGAUAGCUGCACAUGCGCUCUCAUGGAAAGGGAAUUCUUAAAGAUGGCAGAACAUGCUUAUAAAAAUAUCAGAAGACAGGACGGAAGUCCGGAAAGCUUUGUUCGAUUCCAAAAGGAACUGUCGGAGACGAACGCCAUCAUAAACGAGUCAUUGUCAGUCCUGAAAAACAUGAAGAAUAUAUGCGAGCACCGCCAUUUGAAUAAAUACUGAUUUCACACAAGUCAUCACGUGAUUUGACGCCGUCCAACUGGUGCAGUCUCAUUAACGUUUUAUUUUCAUGUGUUCAAUUUUUUUAAAAGUCAAAGUGUUCGUAAAAUUUUACACCCUGAGUGAAACAAUUGUGUUCAGUAUGUUAUAAUCUUUACACCGAUGCUACAAAUGCUGCCAUUGCAUAUUUUUACAUAAUUAUGUUUCGUUGGUGACUUUACAUGAUUUGUUAAGGAUAUAUUUGUGUGUUUAUGAUUGGAGAGAAGUAUCGUUUCUUGUAAAUUUUGUCUUCAUUUUCAUUUUCAUUUGAUAACCCACGUAGGUAAUCUUUUUCAUCACAAUCAGUUUUUAGUGCGUAAAUCUUUCCUAAUCUUCGUGUUUAAAAAAAAUAAUAACAAACUUAAACCGUUCGAUGAUACAGUUGCCCAUGUCAUGGGACCUUUAUUCACAAUUUCACUGUGAUUCCAUUCAUAUUGAUGAUAUUACAUGUGGGAUACUGAUAGAGGUCUCCACAAGGUGGCGCUGUAUGGCUCUUCUACAGGCUGUGAUAAAAGUUGUGUAUAGUAUUUUUUGUUAGCGAUGUAGAUAUGGAAAUUUAGAACUCAAUGGAGCUUCUACAGAUGCGUGUAUUUAUUUCCUUGUUUUUAAAACAAAUCUGUAGUGAUUAGACCUAACUUAUAUUCGAGAAUAUAUAUACAAUAUUUAUUUUUCUAUAUCUAUUUAAAACAAAAUUAAUUUAUAUAAUUAUUUACGGAGAAUAUCAUUGUCUCCUUACAUUGGAUUAGAUCAGUUUAACCUGUGAUUUGUACAUAGAUCUCUUGAUAAUUUAUUUCAUUUCAUGCAAAUUAAUCUAUUUAUUUAACUAGCAUGCCGGUUUACUUGUUUUAAUUUAUUUUUCUUUGUUUUAACCAUCUUCAUGUGGAGUUCUUUACCAGAUCCUGUUUGGUUUAUGAAAUGCUAAAGAUUUGCUGUGCAAGUCGAUAAUUCUUUAAUUUAAUCGGUGAUGUCAUGCAACGAUUUUGAACUUUGACUUCUCUAAUGGUGUUUUUUUUUUUUUUUUUUUUUUUGGUUUGAGUUUGCAGUGGGUGUUUGUGAAAUAAGUACGUUUGUGGGGGGGUUUUCCUGUCUCUCACGCACUAUCCGUCCAAAAAUAUCACUAUUUUGUACCACGGACAUUGCAUCAUUCUAAAUUUAGAUUAUCGUAUGGCGAGGUUCAAUGUGCCACACGAUAACUCAAUGAUCCAGUUGGGUAUUAAUAUGAUUUCAAUAUAUCUUAUAUGUAGCUUAGGAAACAGACCAGAGUUUCUGUCUGUGUUAAUCCUUAUCAACCGCCGUCCAGGUUUUUAGCGUGGUUCAUUAAUUAAUUAAUUAAUAGCUAGCGGUAGGUACUAUUUAAAGUCAUCCUUUGUAACCCUUUUUCUUCUCGAUUUGUUUUCCUCCAUAUGUUCGUAAGUCACUAUUCAGAAACUUGUUAUCAAACAAACUUCUGAAUGCGCAUGCGUUAGACAUUACAGUAGGAAGCAAAUCGAACGCUCUUUCUUCAUCACGUGACAUUUUUCCCACAUCACCAUUCACUACUAGAUUGUGAUCAAUCUAUGUCCUUAUCGAAAUCCGUCCAAUUUCUCGAUAAGUUAUUUAAUGAUAUAUUUAGAUAAGUGAAUUUAUGAAUUGUUUUUUACCUUUAUAUAUUGAAAUAAAUUGAUAAAAAGAACUGA